AUGGCCGAAUCUCCUCUAUCAGCCGAGAGUGGCGAAAUUCCUGACGAUUCCAGCUCAGUUGUAUACGAUGACGAAGAAGAACCCAGCCAAGAUUACCGUCCUGGCGGAUAUCAUCCAAUAAUGCUUGGAGAUAUUUUUUUGAACCGGUAUGAAGUCGUCCAAAAAGUCGGCUGGGGGCAUUUUUCCACAGUGUGGCUCUGCAAAGACCUAAAAUAUAACACAUAUGUAGCUUUAAAAGUCCAGAAAAGCGCGUCUCACUAUACUGAAGCUGCUUAUGAUGAAAUCGAUAUUUUGCUGAAAAUAAGUACAAGCUAUAAUGACCCAGUAUGGCUAAAAUCCUUAAGGCAUUAUUAUGAUGGGACAAAUGAGUAUCAAAACGCACUCUCUGAAGAAGGAGUGCGAGACCACUGCUUUGUAGUCCAGCUGCUUAACAGCUUUAUGCAUGCAGGACCGAAUGGGAAGCAUAUUUGUAUGGUUUUCGAGAUUCUAGGCGUGAAUUUAUUAGAAAUCAUUAAGGUGUACAACUAUAGAUUAGAUUAGAUUGCAAGGGGGUAUUUAUAGACCCCACUUCUUGAAGCGCUGUGCAUUCUGCAGGUGAAUGCUUGCAGGGUGGGCUCAAGGCAUCUUGAGUCCAGGCCGAAACCUCCAGUUUCUCGGUAGAGGUAUUUUCCCUUUUGAUCUGGUCAAGCCAGAUUUUAUUUCCAACUCAAGUACCAAAAUUGCCCAACUCUGCGUUGCUUAGGCCAGAUCUGCCCAUUGAGCGAAGUUUUUAGACUGGAGAGACUAGCCUGAAAUCUUCGUUUAGCCUGUUUUUUUUUAUCGGAUCGCAUCCAAGGAAAAAACUCAAUGUACUUGCGCAGAUUCGGGAAUGCCACAAAAGCAGUUUAGCAAAAUAAGUUACCUUGCCUCUAUUGGGCACCCGCUCUAGGCCUGGCGCUGGUGGCAAAAAACUGCCGCUCGAUUCAGGUCACUAAUUAGCAGAAAUAGUGUAGGGCCUCUCACUUCGAGGCUAACCCAGCCUUGGGCAGCUCUUUGCACCAAAAAACCAGUCGGAUAUACAUCAGGACACCUGCAACUGGGUAAGACUGUCGCUCGCAGCCGGCCAUUUUAUGUAUUAGAAUUACAGCUAUAAAUUAAAUGAUUAAUAUGGUCAGAAGAGCCUUUACCUCGUCUCAGCUUCAAAAGAGCAGCCUCCAUAGACUCGGAGUUCAAAUGAGAAAAUGGAAGACCGCAAUCUUGAAUUUCCGACCUGAACCAUCUGCUCAGGGAAUUAGCUCCCUUGGGCAGAGCUUUCAUCUGAAGAGUACUCCUCUGGUCCCAACAAGGAAUGUAUGUGGUAGGCAAACCUGUCUAGCCCAUCUGACAGGGACAGGAAAACCUUCAAGAAAUGAAAAUUCCCUCUUCGGCAAGAUAUCCCUAAACCUGAAGGCCUACUUCAAAUAAGGACAGAAGCCUUCAACUUCAUCAGGACAGGUCCUGGGGUGGUCCGGAAUUUAGUACGCUGUACUAAAUUCCGUACUUUUUUUUUACCGUCAAAAUGACUGAGAAAAAAAAUGUACUUUUUUUUUACGGAAAAAAAUACAUCAUAAAAUUUUUGUACUUUUUCUAGGAUGGGGUAAAAUAGUACAUAGGUUUUAGAAAACCAUCAAAACGGGGGUAAAAAAGUACACAUGGCAAAAAACUCGUUCAUAGAGGCAGGUACAAAUAAGCUAAGAAAAUAGAAUAAUUAAAUUAAAUAAAAGUGUAUAAUGUUGUAUAUUUUCUUAAAUAUGAUAAUAAAUAUGAAUAGAUUAAAAGAACUGUGCAGUGUCUUAGACAAUAUCUAUUUUUUUUAAUGUAUUUUUUUUUUAAAAAACAUAUUACUCCCCCCCCCCUCCGUGAGCGAACAAAAAAUUUUUGUUCGCUCACGGAGGGGGGUUAAUUUUUAUUUUUUAAAAAAAAUUUAUAUAUAAAUUUUUAAUUGUAAAAUAAUAUUUUUUUAUAAGUUGAAAUUAUUUUAAAAAUAUUAUGGGGGGAGAGUAAGGGAAUUUCCCAAAAAAAAAAAAGAAUACCAUUUGAUUAAAGGUAAAACACAGCUUAAUUUUUCAAUAAUUUAAUAAUCAAUAAACCUAUUAGUAAUAAAUAUAUGCAUUCAGUUAAAAUAUUUUAUAUAUUUUCUUAUUUAAUAUAAUAAGCAAAUUCUCUAUAAAUCAUAAUAAAAAUGUACAAAGGGAAAAGAAAGUAAUUGAAAUUUGGCAGAAAGUUGAAAUUGCUGAAUUUUACAUUCAACACCAAAAUGAGAUGAGCAUGAGAGAUGUUGCUGCAAAGUUUCAUGUCAACUCCUUUAGCUCGAUUUCCGAAUGGGUGAAUAAGCUUGAUGAGUUGAAGAAAUCAGUAAAAUCUGAUAAAAAAUUAAAAUUAGAAAGCUUCACUCAAUUUCCAGAGCUAGAGAAAGAACUAGUUCAUUGGUUUACUGCAAUCCGUGAGCAAGGUAUUCAGGUUCUCAGAUCAACGAUUGAGGAGAAAGCAAAAAGUUUGGCGGCAGAAAUGGGAUUGGCGCGAUUCGGCUGUGGAGAUAAAUGGUGGCAAGGAUUUAGGACCAGAAAUAAUUUAUCUUUCAGAAAAAUCAAUGCCUCAAGCAUUAAGCCAAUCGAAAAAGAGGCAGAACUUGUCAGGCAAUACCUAGAUGAUUUAGCGUCAUUGCUUCCUCAAUUCGUUCCAUCUAACAUUUACAAUUUCGAUGAAACGAGAUUUGAUUGAGAUGUAAAAAGCAAGUUCACUUAUGAUUUCAAGGGAACUCAACGAAUUCUAGGCGUUCAAUCAGCUAAAAUGAACCAUUUUAUCACUGUUAUGCUUAUGAUUAGAGCUGAUGGAGAAAAAAUGCCUGCUUUGCUCAUUUUUCAAGAGAAAAAUGGCCAGAUCCCGAACCUUGUAAGAGAAAGACUGAAUAUUCCAGAAAAUGUCAUCAUAAAAUCAAAUAAAUCUGGCUACAUUUCUGACCAGAUUCUUAAUGACUACCUCAGAACAAUAUUGAGACGAGAAAACCAACUGCUGAUUUAUGAUCAGGCUGGAAGUCAUAAAACUAUCAUGAUUUCUAAUGCAAUUUCAGAUUUAGAUGCAACCAAAAUUGUGAUCCCUGGAGGGUGCACAAAGUAUUUGCAACCACUUGACGCACUGGUAAUUGCAAAUUUCAAAUCAAAAACAACAGAUUUCAGAAUCAAAUUCCAAACAGAGCAGAUUGAAAGAAGAUCGAAAAGAACUGGAAACCUCAAAGCUCUUGAUCGCCAGCAACUGAUAAACAUUGCUUCAAAGGCGUGAGAUGCUGUAAGCCCUCAACUUGUCAGAAAAUCAUUUGAGUUGACGGGUUCUUAUGGCGUUAAUCAUCCAAAGAUUUUCAGCCAUCAAGUUAAUAUGAAGAAGUUAAUUAUCUAAUCGAUUUCUUCUAUUCAUUUUUUUGUCUUAAAUUUAAAAUUGUUAAAUUCAACCUUUUCACUUAUGGUAUUCUUUUUUUUUAACCCUUUGAAUAAUAUAUCAAACAAACUUAAUAAUUAUUUUUCAAUAUUAUCCUCUUUAUUUGUAUUAAAUAUAGAUAUAAUAAACUAUAUAUAAAAUUAUAUGUAAAAAAAUUUUUUGUUCGCUCACGGAGGGUGGGUUUUUGACCAAAAAAUAGGGAUUUUUCUAAUGGUUUUGUUCGCUCACGGAGGGGGGGGGGGGAGUUAGUAAAAAAGUUCACUAUAAUUUUUGUAUAUAUUGUAUCGAUAACGAUCUAUUAUUCAAAAUCAUUCAUAAUAAUACUAAAGUAUUAUAAUCGCGAAUUAAUAUCUAAUAGCAUGAUUAAAUGUUUAAAGGUAUGCACGGAAUGCAUAGCUACAGUUUAUUUUAAAAAACUUAAAAACUUACGUAAAAAAAGUACAAAAUUUUUUUUGUCAGUAAAAAAGUACAUGUACUUUUUUCUGUACUAAAAAUUUCAGUAAAAAAGUACAUGCUUAAAAAAAUCAAUUAAAAAAAAAGUACCUAUUAAAAAUUAAUAAAUUAUGGAAAAAUAAUUUAAAUAAUAUUUAAAUAAAAAAUAUGAGAACGCAUUUUCUAUGUUCUACUGUAUAUGAUUUAACAUCGCAAUUAGCCAAUACUACUGAAAAAUACUACUGAAGAAUACUACUAUAAAAACACUUCCUUAAUUUUUUAAAUCUAUAAUAAAAUAAAUAUAUGCAGAGUGAAAAAUUAGAACAAAUUGAAGCAGAAGAUUCAUCAAGUAGUUCAUUAGGAGCAGCUUACUUACGUGAUAAAGUUGAAGCUUCUGAAGAUGAAAUUUCUUCUGAGAAUUGAAGUGAAAUAUACGAAUUCAAUAGAAAAGAUAAUACGCCUCCAAUUGGAUCAAUAUCCAAAUCUCAUUGAUCAAAUCAAAUUACACCAUUGAAUUUAUUUAGGGCCAUUUUUUUCAAAGAAGAAUUUAUUAUUGAAAUAAUCAAGAAGUGAAUGUUUAUGCAGAAGCUCUUUCAAAAAGUAAAAAAGUAUAUGGUGUCAGUAACUGCUCAAGAACUUGAAAAAUGGAUUGGGAUAUAGUUAUGAUGGAUCUAAUAAAAGCUCCAAACCAUAAGGAUUAUUGAUCUAUAGUCCCUCUUUGCAAAAUUUGGUAAUAUCUGAGUCAUAAAAUAUAGGAGAUUCCAAGACAUAAGUCGUAUGCUAAAUAUAUUUUACAAUUUAGAAAUAUUCAGCGCCAACUAUUCUAUUGACAAUUAUUAUGGAAAUAGAGUUUCGCAUAAACUAAUUAAAAAUCUCCCAGAAAAUCCACAGAGAUAUUAUUAUUUUUUGACGCUGGUAUUCAAGUAUUGAACUCUUCACUUCUAUCUUCAGCCUUAGUUUUGCUGCAACUGACUCAAUUAAUAAAAGCAGAAAAGUCCUUCCUAUAGCUCAUAUUAGCAAAAAAUAAAAAAUGCAGGCUUGUUUAAGAAUCUCCAGAGGAAUGAAUUCAAAGUUUGCAUGUAGUUUAUUACUGGGAAACUUCUGAAUCUGUAAGCAAACGAAGGAGGAGACUGAAUACUGCUGCUGCAAACGCAAGAAGCCACUUAAUCAAUAAAAAAUUACUUGUUUAAAAAUUUUUACCAAGCAAGGGUUUAAGCGUAGUCCAAAUGAAUCAAAUGAAUCAAAUGAAGCUGGAAUAAAGCUAAUAAAACGUAAUAGAUAAAUAAUAUUUAUGAACUCAUAUACAGUAGAACAUAGAAAAUGCGUUCUCAUAUUUUUUAUUUAAAUAUUAUUUAAAUUAUUUUUCCAUAAUUUAUUAAUUUUUAAUAGGUACUUUUUUUUUAAUUGAUUUUUUUUAAGCAUGUACUUUUUUACUGAAAUUUUUAGUACAGAAAAAAGUACAUGUACUUUUUUACGUAAGUUUUUAAGUUUUUUAAAAUAAACUGUAGCUAUGCAUUCCGUGCAUACCUUUAAACAUUUAAUCAUGCUAUUAGAUAUUAAUUCGCGAUUAUAAUACUUUAGUAUUAUUAUGAAUGAUUUUGAAUAAUAGAUCGUUAUCGAUACAAUAUAUACAAAAAUUAUAGUGAACUUUUUUACUAAUAUUUUUUUAAAAAAAAAAAUACAAUUAAAAAAAAUAGAUAUUGUCUAAGACACUGCACAGUUCUUUUAAUCUAUUCAUAUUUAUUAUCAUAUUUAAGAAAAUAUACAACAUUAUACACUUUUAUUUAAUUUUAAUUAUUCUAUUUUCUUAGCUUAUUUGUACCUGCCUCUAUGAACGAGUUUUUUGCCAUGUGUACUUUUUUACCCCCGUUUUGAUGGUUUUCUAAAACCUAUGUACUAUUUUACCCCAUCCUAGAAAAAGUACAAAAAUUUUAUGAUGUAUUUUUUUUUCCGUAAAAAAAAGUACAUUUUUUUUCUCAGUCAUUUUGACGGUAAAAAAAAGUACGGAUUUAGUACAGCGUACUAAAUUUCCGGGUCACCCUAGGGACUGCACCUCGGAUUCUCAUUUCCAUCACCUUCACCAUUUUAUUUCUUGUGCAACUAUAAAGGAAUUCCUAUACCAAUAUGCAGAGCUAUUAGCAAACAAGUGCUGAUUGCUUUGGAUUAUUUGCAUAGAAUUUGUGGGAUCAUUCAUACUGAUCUCAAGCCUGAAAAUGUACUUCUGCAACUUACUAAAGCACAAAUUAAUGAAAUAAUUAAAUUUGGGAUUUUGAAAAAUAAAAUUGACUGCCCAGCGAUGCCUGCUGCACGACCUAUAGAAACUCCACAGGCAGAAAUGGUGAAGGAGCUAGGAAAUAUUGUGAAGGAAAAAGAAGUAGAUGAAAAAGCAUUGAAGAUAAAAGAAAAAAGGAAAAAAUAUAGACAAAGAAAAAAAGAAAAGGAAAAACAGUUAAAAGAGCAGCAGCAGCAAGAGAAAGCUAAUGAGGAUGCAACAACUGUGGUGAAAAAGAAAAGAAAAAGAAAUAAGAAGAAAAAAGGACAGAAAAAUGAAAAGGAAGUAAAUGAAGAUAAUAAAGUAGAGGCAAAUAUUGACAAAGAAAUUCCAAAAUUUGACGAGUUUGAAAACAUCGAUAAAGUGGAAAUUAAAAAAUCAGAAUUGGACAUUGAAGUUAAAGAGCCUCAAGAUAGCUCUGAAAAAAAUGAUAUUGAAGGUUCCCAAGAAGCUGGAAAAGAAAUAAAAAGUGAUCUGCUUCAUAUAGAGGAACGCAAAAACAGCAUCAAUGAUAGCAGAGAUGAAAGUGAUCUCAGCCUAUUGCAGCUUCCAGAAGACAGCUCAAUAGAUUCAAAAUCAGCCCCAGUAGUAAACGAAAAUAUCAAAGUAAAAAUCGCUGACCUCGGAAACGCCUGCUGGAUCCACAAGCAUUUUUCAACAGAAAUCCAAACAAGGCAAUACCGAGGUCCUGAAGUAAUUUUAGGGAUUUCUUAUAAUUACACUGCUGAUGUCUGAAGCUUUGCAUGCAUGCUAUUUGAACUCAUCACAGGAGAUUUUCUAUUUGACCCUCGCACAGGGCCAGAUUUCGACAAAGAAGACGACCAUUUAGCCCAAAUGGUAGAAACCUUACUUUACCCAAAUUAUUUCACCUAAGCUCGAUCAAAAUAAAUAUUAAACAUAAUUUUUUUUCUUUAGAGACAGCUUAAUAGAGUAUUAUUAGGAUUAAAAUCAAAAUUUGAGUUGAAUUCAUUAAUAGCUAAUUGCCAAAAUUUUAUUCUAUUACCAUAAAUUAUAAUAAAUAUUAUUUAUCUAUUAUAAAAAAAUUUGCAACAUGAAAUCGCUCAGCUAAGAUGAGGGUAGAGUCAGGAUUUUUCCCGAAAUCGUUUGCUCUUUCUGGGGUAAAUUCCAAAAAAUUUUUUGACCACCGAGGGAAGCUUCGCCGAAUUUCUAAGCUUAAACUGUGGCCUCUUAAAGAUGUAUUAAUGGAAAAAUACCGUAUAAAAGAGCAUGAAGCAAGAAUGCUAUCUGAUUUUCUAUUACCCAUGCUAAACUAUGAGCCAGAUAAGCGCUGCACAGCUCAGCAAGCUUUAGAUCACCCUUGGCUAAAAAUGCCAUCAGAUUAUAACUAUAGAAUGACUGAAAAAGAGUACUGGGAAACCAGCCUAAUCCAAAAGCAAAAAGAAGUUGACAACAAUGAAAAACUAAAGAGAGGAGAAAGCCCAAACUUGGAAGGAAUUAGAAUGCCAAGCUCUGAAAGCAACACAGAUAUUGAAGACAAUGACGUAUGGAGUGAAGAAGAAGCUGAAAAAGAUACUGUAGAAAAUGAAAGAGAGUUCGCUGAAAACGUGGAGUAUCAUGAGCAUAUGCUAAGAAUCAAAGAAAGUCUGCUUGGAAAAAUGAAUUAA